GUAGUAGUACACAGCGAACCUCGUACACAGCGUGUGUCAAAGGUCACAGUCUGAAGCAGGAUGCACCGUUCACAGGCACUGUGGCUUUGUUUUACAGUCACUCUCGCCGUCCCGAUAGUGGCUGGUGACGCCACAUUUGUUCGGACAACUCUUCAAGAACAUUUUUCAGAGGCCAGGCAUCACGUGACCAAUCCAGAUUAUAAACUCAAAACCAAAGAGUUUAUUUCAACGGAAUUCAGGAAUUAUGGCCUAGAAAUGCACGAGCAUUCCUUUACAGGUGAAAACCAGGUGGCUGCUGUCAAUGUUAUCGGCAUUCUGAGGGGUGCGAUGUUCAACACCAGUGAUGACAGGGUGUUCGGUAUCGCGGCUCACUACGACACAAUGAGAAACACAUCAGGUGUCGAUGACAACGGAAGUUCAAUGGCGGCAUUGCUAAGUGCUGCUAAAGCUUUGUCGACAAGUCAAAGGAACUAUACCCUCAUGUUUGUCGCGUUUGACCUGGAGGAAUGGGAAGUUGAUGCUGACAAGGCAUGUACCUUUAUUGGAUGCGGAAGUGAUGCCUUCAUACGAGACUGGAUCCCUACCUACUGGAACACAACCCCCGACUUUGCCGGCUUCAUCGUUAUGGACACUAUCAUGAACUUCAACGAGACCGUGGAGUCUCAGAUACUCCCUGGACCUCUUGUAACGCUGUUUCCUGAAGCCAUCGAGAGCAUCAAUUCUGACGACCGUCAGGGGGACUUUCUGGCUUGCAUCACACGCGCCUACGAUGCUUCCUUGGCUCGGGUAUUCCAAGAGGCAUUCAACCAGUCUGGCGAUGCCAAGUUUGAACUGGAGGUUUUGGACAUUAAAACUUUAACGGGGCAGACACUCUCGGCUGUGGAAGCCUCUUUUUACGGGGAUGCUCUCCGUAGUGACCAUGCGCAGUUUUGGAAAAAGGGAAUAAAGGCAAUUUUUCUGACAGAUACGGCGAGCUACCGAGGAUAUAUGCAGACAUGCUACCAUCAACAAUGUGACGAUAUGAGUCGUGUUACCAACGGCAUGAUUUUGUCAGUUGUCAAGACAGCUCGUGCACUCGUAGCAACCGGAAACAAGAUGGCGCCUGCACUUCCUGUCACUUCCACAACUGCAUCUCCUGGACCAACAGGAUCCGGCGAACGCUUGGGGAUUUCCAAUAUUCUGGGGCUUGUUCUGAUGCUCUCAGUAUUGAUCAACGUGUAGGAACAUCAACUGAUCUUCAUUACGUUAUGAUGCAACAAGGGCAACCCCACCGCCCCCAAAAGCUUAGAUCGGCGCUCAUGAUAUCGCUGGGCUGUCUGGUCCAUUUCUAUUAUUUACACCCGCUGUCAUUGCGGCGUUAAACAACAAUCAACCAAUGUUGACAGAUAGAUCCUGUCCCUUUGAUUAAUUGACACCAUUGAGGGUUCGAAUCCCCGAUUCUAUCUGAUUAUGAUCCUUAUUUAGUUUUUUGUCUUUUUAACAUUGUUUUAGCUUUCAUAAAACUGUAACUGGAAGGCAGCUAUGUUUAUCGUAAUCGUAAAAUUUCCAUUGAACGACUGCAUAAAAUAAAAAGCUUCACAGAAA